AUGCAAGCCAUCCGCAUCGCCAACAACCGACUACCUCAAGUCAUCAACGCAACCCGACCUUACACCACAACAACAAACAAGAUGUCUCUCUUCCCACGCUUCAUCAACAACGAGUUCGCUCCCAUGUUCCAGUUGAUGGACGAUUACGCCAACCACGUCCAGCGUCGUGGCGGCGGCUCCGGUAACGGCACACUCUCCUCUGGCUUCCCCUCCAGCUUGAGGACCUUCACACCCAAGUUCGACGUUAAGGAGAACAAAGAUUCCUACGAGCUGCAUGGUGAACUGCCGGGAAUCGAGCAGAAGAACAUCAACAUCGAGUUCACAGACGCACAAACCCUCACCAUCAAAGGCCGCUCUGAGCACAGCCGCGAGGAGGGCGAGCGUCCAUCUGGCUUCAUCGAGGGUGUCCAGGAGCAGGGCAAGCUGACUGAGGGCGAGCACAAGGACAACUACCACAAGCCUUCGGUCGAGGAAGAGGGAGCCCAGAACAACAGCAAGAACACCCAAGUCCAGAAGUCUCAAGGCGAACAGAAGCAACACAGCCGAUACUGGGUCUCUGAGCGUUCAGUUGGAGAGUUCGCACGCACUUUCUCUUUCCCGACUCGUGUCGACCAGGAUGCGGUCAAGGCUAGUUUGAAGGAUGGUAUUUUGAGCAUCACUGUUCCAAAGGCUCAGGCUCCUACCAGCAAGCGUAUCAACAUUGAGUAA